AUCCCUUUAUUUAGUUCUUAGCGAAAUCAUAAUUCAUAUUUGACGAUGUUGAUAAUGUAUUGGUAGUUUAUUCGAAAUAUUGGAAUCCGCCGCCGCGUAAUUAAUUUUAGGCUCUCCAAUCUUAAUUUCCAGUGUCUCCCGGCUGUCAUUUCUGUGUUUUCUCUGUGUGGAUAUUUCUAAACACUUAUUUUGCACAUUUUAGCGAAAUGUCGCGCUUAAAUGAUUGGGAAAUAGCUGGACUUAAGGAUUUUCUUACCUUCGAUGUGCGCACUGAAGCAUUUGCCAUUGACGUAGCCAAAUCCCUGCUAAGUAAAGUCAGUGUAAAUACUCCCAAAUCUUCAGCUGAUGCCAUAGACACAAUCAUCCAGAACUGUGACUCCGCGUUGAUGAUCCUAGACAAAAAAGCCAUGACGAAGGAUAUUCUGUCGACGUAUUUAAUGGACAGAGGGAAUUCCUUCUCAGUGAAUGCCACAAAACAAAUCCUGGUGCAGCAAGUCAUCCAGCACUGGCAAAGGAAAUUCCAGACAUCAGACAGACCUCACGUGAUAGCAGGAUCAUCAAUAAUUCUAGUAAAACCAGAAAAUUUUCAGGUGAACACACUUUCUCGCCAAUUCACGUCGUGGUUCUACCAGAAGCUCAAUGAAGACGCCUUAACACUAGCAGACUUUUGGCCAGACGUCUCAUGUGCCAUUCGCUUCACGCAGAGUGACUCUGUGACGGAUGAGAGUGCUGAGGGAAGCGAGGCUGUCCUGGAGAAACUCCUGACAACGAGGCGAACCUACAAUUUCAAUUUCAAUCCAAAUAUCAGCUCUUCCGGCGUCCAGGGCAGGAUUGACCUUCACGGAUUGGUGUUCGUCAUCAGCUGUGGCACCCUCCACAUUGCCAAUCGCUGGGUGGGUGUGUUCGAGAGUGCCUUCGGUCUGGUUCAGGAUCCAGCCGGGCUCAAUAACUGGAAAUGCAAACAUAUAAAGAUUGCCCUGCGAAGCACACAGAAAGAAUCUCUGCCAACACUCCAGGACUGUGAAUCCAUCAGGGACAUCAUCGCCUUGCCCGUCACGAGUGAAGAUCUGCCAAAUUGAUUGAAUUAAAUUGUUAAAAAUAAGGAAAA